CUCUGUCCAAGAUGGCGGCGGGGGAGGUGGACGCUGCGCUGGAGCUGCUGAGGCGGGUCGCUGCGCUGGAAAAGCCGCUGGAGGAGCUGCGGACCCUGCGGGCGGCCGUGCAGGCUCUGCCCCUCGGCGCCCUCCGCGAACGAGGGCCUGGCUACCCUUUAGCCGGGCUCUUCGUCCUCAUGGCCCGCGGGGAUACUGAGCAGAUCUCUUUAUGUGUGUCGAUCUUGGAGCGAUUCCUGCAAGUCAUGGAUUCCUUGAAUGUAAUCCAAAACUUUGGGGAGGAACUUCAGAAGGGAUUGUUCCACCCGGAUGAUUCGGUCAAAAUCCUAACCAUCUCCCAAGUUGGAAGAGUUGUUGAAGACCCUGUUGCUGUCAGAGAAAUCCUUAACACUCCUGAGUUACUGAGGCAGAUUGUCUAUUGCAUUGCUGCCGAGAAAAUAGCCGUGUCAAAAGAGGCCAUCAAAUCUUUGUCCAGGAUAGCACAAUCACCUGAAGGCUUGGAAGUUUUGCUGGCGGGGAAUUUGCUGAUCGAUUUGAAAAAUGUCAUGGCGAAGAGCGACAUCAUACGUUACCGCGUGUAUGAGCUAGUGGUCAACAUUUCCUCGACGUCGGUGGACUCCCUGAACUACUGCGUGAACAGCGGCUUAAUAUCAGAAAUGAUUGGGGAACUGACGGGAAACGAUGUACUUGUCAGAGCAACCUGUAUAGAGAUGGUGACCUCGCUGGCCCACACUCAACAUGGACGGCAAUAUCUCGCCCGGCAAGGCAUCAUCGACAAGAUUUCCAAUAUAAUCAUUGGUGCCGAUUCAGAUCCUUUCUCCGGUUUCUACCUGCCAGGUUUUGUCAGGUUUUUCGGCAACCUGGCGAUGGUGGACAGCCCUCAGCAGAUCUGCGAAGAGUACCCUGCCUUCGUGGAGAAGGUCUUCAGCAUGGCCGAAGGCCAAGACCCCACCUUGUUCGGCGUGGCGGUGGACACGAUCGCAAUCUUGGGCUCCAACGUGGAGGGCAAGCUGGUGCUCCAGAAGGCAGGGAGCCGCUUCCACCGUGGGCUAAACAGAAUCGGGCACCAAACAAAGAAUGCCCCCACGGAGAUGCGAAUCCGGUGUCUGGAUGCCAUUUCAUCCCUUUUGUUCUUGCCGCCUGAGCAGCAAACGGAAGAUCUUCUCCGGAUGACCGAAUCUUGGUUCUCCUCUCUGUCUAACCAGCCCUUGGAACUCUUCAGAAGCAUCAGCACUCAGCCCUUCCCCGAUCUCCACUGCGGAGCCUUGAGGGUUUUCACGGCCAUUGCGAAUCAACCUUGGGCUCAGCAGGAGAUGUUGGACAGUCCCGGCUUUGUGGAAUACAUGGUGGACAGAUCAGUGGAACCAGAUAAAGCUUCUAAGGAGGCCAAGUACGAACUUGUCAAGGCCUUGGUUAACUCCAAGACGGCUGCAGAAAUUUUUGGCAAUCAGCAUUACUUGAGACUGAGGGCUUAUAUGCGCGAGGGGCCCUAUUACGUCAAGGCCAUCUCAACGACUGCCGUAGAAGGAGCUGAGUAACUUCGGAUGAUGUAAUUUUAAGCUAAUUCCAGGGUUAACUAAACGUCCUGGAUUUCUGGAAGGAAGGGCUGGCCUUGGGAGGGUGGGGGGGCAAAGAAAGUGUGGAUAACAUUAACUUGGUAUGAGUUUCUUAUUUUUCUGACGUUGAAAUGCCAGGAAGUUGGUUUGAAAUACGGAGAUUUUCUAGGUAUUUUCCAGAUGGAAAACACAGGCUCUACCAUUUCACGCUACUUAAAAUCCAAGAGUGUAAUUGUUACCAGGAAAGGAGACUCUAAAAUACAUAAAUAUAUAAAACCCAUUUUGCCCAGGAUAAUGUUGUAAGAUCCUGGGAGACACAUAUAUUCACCUUCAUUUGUGAAAAAGAUAUUUUUAUAAUGGUUGAUCACACUGGUGGUUUUACCAUGUGGGUUUAAGAUUUGUGCAGAGUGACUGAUUUUCCAUCACAUCUGCAGUGUUGUUUUUCUGACGUUCCAAUGGCCAGGUCACAAAAAAUUUCUCCACACAACUUUACGUAGGGAACAAAUACAUGGAUUUAAUCCAGGUUCUGAAAAGCAAGUAGAUGGAAGAGUAAAGAAUAUAUCUUACAUAAAAGGCUAAACAAAUCACAAUUUUACAAGCCCCCUUCUCCUAGCCUUCAUCUGUCCAUCUUCCAGCUCUUAAAGUCAGCCCCAGAAAAGUAUAAAUUUAUGCUGCCUCACUUCUCGGAGACUGUUUCCUCCAAACUAAAAGAGCUUUUCCAGUGCCUAAAAGAGUUAAUAAAUACAUAUACACACAAGGUAUUUUUCCUUGAUUCAGUUCGGACUUAGCACUGUCACUUUUCCUACAUACCCGUCUCUAAACAGGGAACAACUUGAAAUAGUUUGCAUCAAAAAACAAUUCAACAUGAAGGACCAGACUCCAAUAUGCACAAUCCAGCUCAGCUUUGUAGGUGUGAAAUGCAUUGGUGGCUUAAUACUUGAUUAAUUUGGGAAGCA